UCAAUGGUGUUGUCUUGUCUCCAAUCUGUGGUACAUUGUGUCAAUUUUAGAGAAGACUCCUUCAAACAUCCUAAAUAUUCGCGGUAAAAAUGGCAGCCGUAGAAAACAGUGGAGUUACAACUCUCCAACCUAAUUUGCAAAAACAAGAUUUAUCUAAAUUAGAUGUUUCCAAGCUCACCGCAUUAUCGCCAGAAGUUAUUAGUAGGCAAGCUACUAUAAACAUUGGCACCAUCGGUCAUGUAGCCCAUGGUAAAUCUACCGUAGUAAAGGCUAUAUCUGGAGUUCAGACUGUCAGAUUCAAAAAUGAGCUGGAAAGAAAUAUUACAAUUAAGCUAGAGAGGCUCCAGUUCGAUGUAAAAGGCACUCUCAGAUGGCCUUGUGAGACAGAAAUCAGAGUCAACAGAGUCUCGUUCGAGAAAUUCAGAGAAGACAUGGACAGAAGAGGCGUGAAGAGGAAACGUAGCAUUUCAUUGAAGUCAUCAAGACCGGAUCCCAAAAAGCCCACCUACAAAAAAGAAUACAUUGUGGAGAGACUUGAGAAUUGUGACAUAAUCGACGGAAUAUUGCAUUUCAUGGUUAAAUGGAUGGACUAUGAUGAAGAGAGCAACACUUGGGAACCUUCAGAGCAUCUAGAACAUUGCCCUAAAAUCGUGGAAAGCUACUUGUCGGAUUUACUGGACGAUGUCGUUUUGGAUAUACUCGCCGAAAAGUUGAACACCAAAAGAGGUCUGGGUGUUGACGAGAUAUCGACGAUGUUUCCCAAAUUUGAUCUUAAUAAUCUACCUCCAAAACUUACACUCAUGCUAGAACUAGUUGUAGUGCAUUUAAAUUUCCCACUGAAGCAUCAUACUGUUAAGAUGGAGAAUGCUUUGAAAAGUUUUGUGCUGUACGAUCUGUCUAUCAGACGUGGAAAGCAGUUGGCCAUACUGGAAGAGUGGUCCACUAGGGUGAAUAUGUCUAGAGAAGAUGCACCUUUGCUGGUCGAAAACAAGGUGGACCUUGAAAUCUUGCCUACAGACUUCGUCUACAUAACCGAGAACAUAUCCGGUGAAAACGUCAAGAUGCCCCAGCAUGUCAUUUCCGGUUGUGAAUGCAAAGAGUGCGGCCCCAAGAUCAAAGCCUGCUGUGGCAGACAGGAUUAUAACGGGUUCACCUACACGAAACGUGGCAGAAUCAACGUCAAUCCGGGUGUGCCAGUAUUCGAGUGCAAUUCAUUGUGCAAGUGCGGCCCUGACUGUAGGAACCGCGUCGUGCAAAAUGGGCGUCACAUACCACUGUGCAUUUUUCGAACGGACAACGGUAGGGGUUGGGGAGUGAAAGCAACGCGUAAAAUCGCGUGUGGCGAGUUCAUCUGCGAAUACGUCGGUGAGAUCAUAACACAUGAGGAGGCGGAGAUCAGGGGGCGGAACUACGACGUCGAUGGGCGUACCUAUCUGUUCGACCUUGACUACAACACCAAGGACAACCCGUACACCAUCGACGCGGCCAAGUACGGCAACGUUUCGCACUUUGUAAACCAUUCUUGCGAUCCAAACUGUGCCAUUUGGGCUAUUUGGAUUAACACCUUGGAUCCUAACUUGCCAAGGUUGGCGCUGUUCUCCCUGAAGGAGAUCGAAAAGGACGAAGAGAUUACUUUCGAUUAUAUGUGUACUCCCGAUUCUCCGGUGAACACGCCGGAGAAGAACAGACCACGUUUGGAGACCCCCGACAAGUCCAAGGAGAAGAAUAAUGCUGGUAGAUCGAUGUGCAAAUGUUACGCUGACAAGUGUUAUGCAAACGCAAAAAUUUACAAAUGUGACAACCCGAAAUGUCCUAGGCCAGCCUGUUACAUAUCCGGGGGAUCUUCGAAAGACGACUCUUUUCCCUGUUUGAGAACCUCGUGCAGUGGCAAGUUUCAACUGGUGCGCCAUGUUAGUUUUGUCGAUUGCCCCGGUCACGACAUUCUUAUGGCUACAAUGCUUAACGGCGCUGCAGUGAUGGACGCUGCCCUAUUGCUUAUUGCAGGUAAUGAAUCAUGUCCCCAACCUCAGACGAGCGAGCAUCUUGCCGCCAUUGAAAUCAUGAAACUGAAGCACAUCAUCAUUCUCCAGAAUAAGAUCGAUCUGGUGAAGGAAGGUCAGGCCAAGGAACAACAGGAGCAGAUCGUUAAAUUCGUUCAGGGAACAGUUGCCGAAGGUGCCCCCAUUAUUCCCAUAUCUGCUCAGCUUAAGUACAAUAUUGAGGUGCUAUGCGAGUACAUAACGAAGAAAAUUCCAAUUCCGAUGAGAGAUUUCACCUCCGAGCCCCAUUUGAUUGUCAUCAGGAGUUUUGACGUUAACAAGCCAGGAUGCGAGGUCCACGAUCUCAAAGGGGGCGUGGCCGGUGGUAGUAUCCUAAGGGGAGUACUGAAGGUCGGACAGGAAAUCGAAGUCAGACCGGGACUCGUUAGCAAAGACUCCGAAGGAAAACUGACUUGCAGGCCUAUAUUCUCGAGGAUCGUCUCUCUGUACACCGAACAGAACGAGCUUCAAUUUGCGGUACCUGGGGGUCUCAUUGGUGUUGGUACCAAGAUUGAACCCACACUUUGCAGAGCUGAUCGACUUGUGGGUCAAGUGCUUGGUGCCGUAGGAGCCCUGCCAAGUAUCUUUAUUGAGCUUGAGGUGAGUUACUAUCUCUUAAAGCGUCUUCUCGGUGUACGUGUUGAAGGCGACAAGAAGGGUGCCAAGGUUCAAAAACUGACCAAGAACGAGGUGCUACUGGUGAAUAUUGGUUCACUGAGCACAGGAGGACGAGUGGUGGCUACCAAAGCCGAUUUAGUCAAGAUUGGUCUGACCAAUCCUGUGUGUACAGAAGUGGGAGAGAAGAUUGCACUCAGUCGUCGUGUGGAAAAGCAUUGGCGUCUGAUUGGUUGGGGUCAAAUCCGCGGAGGGGAGACCAUAGAACCCAUCAACAACUAAACGUUCCAAGGAACCGUCUGGAAUAACUUUUUAUUUCGAAGUUUCCAUUCGUUGAGUUUUUAUCUCAGUUUUAUCAUAUCCCUUCUAUUAAUAGGUGUUUAGUGGACUUUACUAUUUGGUUAAUAUACUAUUCACACUU